GUACCAAUGCUCAUGUGAUGACACUUCAAAAAGUUUGAUCGCAGAGAAAUAAACGACCUGCCUCUGACCUCUGCAAAUCGUGCUUGCAAGAUCGUUGUUUAGCAAAUGAGUUCAAUAUUGCAGAUUCCCUGCACUUGUUUAUGAGAACUAUUCAACCUUUGUUUCCCUGCUUGUUCACAUUAAAGUUAUUAACUGGGACGAGGUUCUUUGUGAGCAGCUCUGCCUUAGAGUGAAAACUUUCUAAGUCAAUUUUUCUCUCUUCGUCUUGAGUCUUGGUUUUUUUCAGUGAUUUUUCAAACUUUUCGUGCAUCAGUAACUCUAUAAGUAUCUUAAUUUAAUGAAUAAUCAGCAAUAAUAUUCGUCGCUCAAAACAAAUUAUUGAAUGAACUUCCUCUUAUAACGAAAGACUCGGCGAGGUAAGGGGAUAUCUUCAUCAGAUUAACAUGACACGGAUGCCACUUCACUGCGGGAUGUGAUUAUAUCCAUUGAACUUUUGGCUGCAAUUCAAUGUAUUUGUAUGUCACAAAAGAAACAAUAUCGUUGAUCGAAAAAACAGUUGACUCAACAGUUGAGAUCAGUGCUGGAUCUUGAUAUUCUCAAAAACUUUGUUGCGUUUCAUCAUUGAAGCAAGUCUUCUUUCUUCCUUGGAUCAUUCACAAGUCUAAUUCCACCAACAUCGCUCGUGAUUCAAACCUGCACACCACAUGAGCGAGGCUACAAGAUGGACUACGAAGUGCGGGUGCGAGUGGGGAUGUUGUGCCUCAUCCUACCAUUCCUUGUGGUCCAGAUCCUUUGCAUUUACAGAGAACAACGUCUGAAUAUCCUACCAACCCCUGACUUGGACCUGCAACGCCUGAAUAUGAUGUUUCUUAGCCCGGAGACAGCUGCGGAGACGCUGCGUCCCGCAGCCAUCGAUCGCCCCGGCAACGGGUCGCUGAGGGCGGACGAGUGGCGCGCUCUGCAGGCAGCGCGGCAGGAGUUUUUGGCGCGAUCCUGCCGCAUCCUGGCGGGGCGGCACGGACCUUUGGGAGCGUUCCUUGCCACGAAGGAGUUCACCCGACGUCUCCAGCAUCUGCUUGUGGAUGAUGAGCACCGCGCCAUAUACUGCUACGUCCCUAAGGUGGCUUGCACGAACUGGAAGAGAAUUUGGAUGAUCUUAACAAACAAGACUAGCGCCGAGAGCCCCGACGCCAUCCCAUCGCACGUCCCGCACACCACGAACGUCUUGCGCUCCCUCGCUGACUCUUCCUAUACGGCGGACGACGUUCGCACUCGGCUUAGCACAUAUACAAAGUUUUUAUUCGUUCGUCAUCCCAUGGAGCGACUGGUGUCUGCUUUUCGCAACAAGUUUGAAAAGUCAUCUCAGUUCAGCAAGUCCAUCGGCCCAGAAAUCUUGCGGAAGUUUCGUAAAUCGAGCGGCGAAAGCUCAUUGAAUUCCAACGUGACGUUCUCUGAAUUCGUCAGCUAUGUUGUAGACAGGAAGUUUCGACGAAGGGAAGUCCUGAACGAACAUUGGGAGGCGUAUACGGACUUGUGUCUGCCUUGCAUUGUCUCAUACGACUAUGUUGGCAAAUAUGAUACGCUCAAAGAAGAUUCAGAUCGAAUUCUUGAAGAGAUUGGAGCUCCUGAUGGUCUUCGCUUCCCAGCUUUUGUUCGAUCGGCGACCGCUUCUUUGGUGCCUCGCUACCUCAGCACCCUCCCACCCAGCGAACUGAGAUUUGCCACCGACGUCUACAAGAUGGACUUUUUGCUGUUUCAGUAUCAGUUCCCUAUUUUCAGAAACUUGACGUCGACCUGAAAUGAUGCAUCGCAGAAAUUCUAAUCACAUGCCCAUCAAAAAUGGAAACACUGAAAAUCUUCUACUUCAUUUCGCGUCUAUAUUAAAAAUAUUGAUUCAUUGACUAAUUUGGAACUAAAAUAUCACCGUAAUAACAUUUGUACAAAAUAUUUGCUGAUUACGUUAAUUUUUUAGAGAUUCAUAAUAGCGAAACAUCAAUAUAUCAUUUGUUGCUACGCUGUCAAAGAAUCUUUGAAUUUCAGCUAAUUAUUGUAUACCGUUAGGCAACUAUUUGCCAGUACUCAUAUGUGUACCGAUUAAUUCAAUUUUCAUUUAAUUUCAAAAAAUUCUCACUGCUAAGAAUUUUUAGGGAACAGUGAAGGAAUUUGUGAAUAAGUUUUUGAGCAAUAUGUCAAGUCGUAUAAUAAAUGAAUUUAUUGGCCAGGUAAGAAUUAAUGAGUGUUCAGACACUCCUGCUACGUAUCUAAAGAGUCGGCAUAGUAUAAUGUAAUUUUCGAAAGAAGUUUGUACGGACUGCGCCUUGUUACAUCGAAGAAUAAUUUAGUUUUCCCUACGACACAGAAUGAAGACUGUUUUAAUCAUAUCUGAAUGAGGAUGGAAGUCGUGAUAGUUGAUGUCUUCCGUAUGUUAAAUGAACUUCUGAAUUAAGAUCUCAAGCUGAAGGCUGGUGCAGGCACCGCCACUAAUUAUAAUUAUGACUUGGUGAUACAAUUAAAGUGAAGUGUACUGCACAUGUCAUGUACAUCGGUGUAUUGGUGAGCCUAAACCCACAAAAUAACAUUAAGCCGGGAAGAUAUGAACGUUGUUUAACAUUCUAAGUAGCCAGUCUAAAAUUGAUCAUGGUAUCAGAACAUCGCUACUAAACACUUACUUGUUUAUGGCAAUGCUUCUAGAGUUCAUUGUUUUUCAGGUGCGGCGUAUUUAUUUAAAGUAGCGUUUGUGUCGACGUUAUUCCAGAAGCGUCGUUUCUCUAACUUAAUGUUUGUUUAUUUCAGAAUAUCGUUUUGCGUUUCAGCAUAAUUUCGGAGCAGGACUUCCUUUAUUCAUUGUUAUUUGUCAGCAUCUUUUCUGUCAUUCAUUGUUAUUUGUCAGUAUCUUUUCUAUAAUUCAUCGUUACUCUUGAUCAGUGUUCCUGCAAUUCAUUGUUAUUUGUCAACAUCUUUUCUGUAAUUUCUGAGCAGCGUUACCGCUCUUCAUCGUUCGUCUACACCGGCGGUACUUAGAAGUGUGUUUGCUUUAAGACGUCGAGGCUUGAGACGUGGUUCACAUGAACGUACCUCGUGGUGUAGUGUAAAUUGUAGUGCAUCGAUGUUGUCGAAGAAUAGUACUGUCAUGCAUCGUUGUAGAAUGAAGUGUAAUUUUAAGCAAUCAUUCGUCCCAAUAUGAACGGACCUAAGUGCAUUACCAUUCGCGCAUUCUUUACUUACACCUUGGACGUCCAUUCUUAGGUUGUUUCAAGUCCUAAGUAUUUCGCAAACGGUACUUCGAACAAAUUUGUAUACUAAAAUUUGUUCUAUUCCUGAAUAGAUGAAGAACAUUAUCAUUAAAAUUAUACAUUACAAGGCCUUGGCUGACGUGUAUUUCGAAUUAUUGAUCUUAAAAUUUCGCUUAGGUUUGAAUCCUGUAGAGUGUAGACGAAUAUCUUCAA